UUCACGGAAAACUCGUACUGAGAGUCCGAGGCGGCGUCUUUCGUGUGAGAGGCAAGGCAAUAGCAGCAGCAGCAGCAGCAGCGGUUUCAUUCUUCUUUGUGACUUCUGUGUCAUGGCGGCAGGACUGAAAAGCAGCAGCGUUCCGUUUCACGCUCUGGGUGUGAAUUCCAGCGCCAGAAAGGCAGCUCCGUCGAGCAAAGGUGUCAGAGCAUACAGGGACUCGAAGUAUGAAGCCAAAGGUUCUCAAGUUCUCGCUCUCCCGAAUGGAGUGCACAGCAUGAAGUCCGACAGAAGCUCUCGGGGGAAUCACUUUCAAGCUCUCGAGACAUCUCCCAGUGGCACGCAAGCUAUCCAACACUCUCGCAGCGAUUCCCAAGUUCUCGACUUGAUCAACUCCACAGCAGCGAGAUCUCGUCCUUGGUGGAGUCCUCUUUUCGAUUUCUCCAGAGAGGUCUACGACUUGGAUGCUUCUACUGACGAGAUUGGCGAUGAGAUUCAAGCAGGGAAAGCUCCGAGCCGGGAAGUUCCGCUAGAACCAGAAGAGAAAUUCAAGCUGCUAAGAUCUCAGCUCCGGGAAUCUGAGAGCUGGCACGACACCAUGUAUCACUCGGCCAUAGCUUCACGCCUCGCAACUAGAGCUCGAAAUUGAGCUCGAGAUUGAUAGAUAAAAUCGAUCGCAUUCUUUGUUUUAAUU